CCCGCCGUCGCCCGCCUCCCCUUCCCGGUUUGCUGCAGCCACCCUUUGUUUGCGACUCCAGCUUUCGUCAUCGCGACCCUCCCUUAUUGCUAGACUACCUACUCUUGCAACCCCUCCUUCGCCAUACUAAAUUCGAACCCGCCUACGCCCCUACCUUCGCUACCUUGUUACGACCCUCGCCUGCUGGUUUGGCUGGUCCCGUAUCCCGUGCUCGCGACGAGUACACGCCAUAAGAUAUUAUCUUCUGUCCCGAGGCCCUCCGCCUUACACCACGAAGCUGCCUACCUCUACCCAACUUCUAUACCGCCGGCCAACAUGCUACCCUCGCUGCUCAAAUCGUCGCUCCUCCUCCUCGCCGCCGCCCUUCCCUUCUCCUCCGCCGAGCGCAUGAUCUCGUCGUCAUCCCUGAACCCAUGCCAGUCCAACUCGAGCUUCUCAGCAAACCUCUUCCAGGUCACCUUCACACCCAACAACAGGAGCUUGGAUUUCAAGAUUCAAGGUGUCUCCACUAUCAGUGGAAGGGUCAACGCUGAGAUGGAGCUGCUCGUCUACGGCUACCCCGCUCUCAAACAGAGCCUGAACCCAUGCAAGAAUAAGGAACUCGAGGGCCUGUGCGACAUGAAUCCGGGCCCCAUCGAGCUCAAGUCCAACCUCGACAUCACCCCGGAUGUCAUGAGCAAGAUCCCCGCCAUCGCCUAUACCAUCCCCGAUCUCGACGCAAUGGUCCGCAUCAGGAUUUCCCGUCUCGACACGAAGGAACCUUUGGCCUGCGUCGAGGCCGAAUUGACCAACGGGCACUCGGUCGCCCAGAAACCUGUCGCUUGGGUCACUGCCAUCAUUGCAGGUCUCGGGCUGGUCGCGUCCGCCAUUACAUCCGGCUUAGGACACUCCAACACCGCUGCGCACGUCGCGGCCAACGCCAUGUCGCUCUUCGGAUACUUCCAAGGACAAGCUCUCUUCGGCAUGUGCGCCAUGCCCCUUCCCCCCGUUGUUGCAGCUUGGACUCAGAACUUCCAAUGGAGCAUGGGCAUCAUCCGCGUGGGAUUCCUGCAGGAGCUGGCCACUUGGUAUCAGCGCGCCACCGGCGGCCAGCCCACCACCUACCUUUCGACCUUGUCCACCGUCUCCAUCGAUGUGCAAAAGGUCAAGCGUGGCCUGGAACACCUUGGCCGCCUGGUCACUCGCAGUAACGCUGGCUCUGGACCAGGGGAGCGCGUCGUCUUCCAUGGUAUCGAGCGCGUCGGCUUCCGAGCCCGCAUUGAAACAAGCAACAUCUUCAUGACGGGUUACAUUUUUUUCAUCAUCUUCUUGAUCCUCGUCACGCUGGGUGUCAUCGCCUUCAAGUUCCUCUGCGAGGCAUUGGUCAAGGCUGGAAAGAUGAAGCACGAUCAAUUCACCGACUUCCGCAACGGUUGGCAAACCGUGCUCAAGGGCAUCUUGUUCCGCUGCAUUCUGAUUGGCUUCCCCCAGAUGAUGGUUCUGUGCUUUUGGGAGCUCACCAGGCGCGACUCAUCCGGCGAGGUCGUCCUGGCCAUCUUCACCAUGGUCACGAUGAUUUGUGUUUUGGCCUGGGCGUCUUCCAAGGUCAUCCGCAUCGCUCAGCGAUCCAUUGCUAUGCACAAGAACCCCGCCUACAUUCUGUAUUCGGACCCGGUUUCCCUGAACAAGUGGGGCUUCCUCUACGUGCAGUUCAAGGCGGCCGCCUACUACUUCAUCGUGCCUAUUCUCUUCUACGUCCUCAUCAAGGCCAUGUUUGUCGGUCUCGCUCAGGGGAACGGCGUUGUACAGGCCAUUGCCCUUGUUUUGAUCGAGGCCGCACUGCUGAUCGGUGUUUCCGUCAUGCGGCCGUACAUGGACAAGAAGACUAACGGUUUCAACAUUGCCAUCGCCGCCUUCAACUUCCUUAGCGCAGUUUUCCUGCUCGUUUUCUCUAACGUGUUUAACCAACCGGGCAUAGUAACCGGCGUCAUGGGUGUCAUUUUCUUCAUUUACAACGCCGCUUUCGCCCUUGUGCUCCUCCUCAUGGUCCUGGUGUCUUCUGGGUUCGCCCUGUUCACCAAAAACCCUGAUACUCGUUAUCAGCCCAUGCGCGAUGACCGCGGCUCCUUCAUCAAGUCGCAGACGCAGCUCACGACCGAGCUGGACGCUCUUGGUGCCACCGCCCGUGGUGAGGGUAAGGGCCAACAUGCCCGGGCCGGCAUUGAUGACGACGAUGAUUCCUUCAGCUCCCACACGCUUGAGCAGCGGCAGAUGGCCGCCAAGGAGGGUGCCUUCACGGAGCACUACCAACCCGCCCCGCCGCGCAGUCCUGUAGACCCCGGCUUUCACGGGCAGCCAUCAUCAUCGCCAUCCGCCAAUGCAUCCUACUACGGCCGCAACAGUCCAACUCCUUCGUACGGACGUGCGGGCAGCCUCAGGAACGAACAGCCCUACCGAGCGGCCAACAACUCGAGCCCCUGGCAAAGAGGAGCGGGUUAUGACCAUUGACGCCACGAGCAGGAACAGAUCAUCGACCUGUACGAU